CUACCCCACCUGCCUCAGAAGAUCCCACCUCAUCAGACAAUGCUCCGCAAAAAAUAUCUAGUAACCUUUUGUCUAAUACUAGCAUGGUCAAAGCUGUUUUAUUGGGAGAGGAGAAGGAAAAAAUAAAAGCCAACGUCAUAUCACUCAUCGCAACUUUACCUCCUUACACUCCAAAGAACCUUAACACCAAAAAACCCAUUAACAAGGAGAUAGAUGACCUAAUAAACUCAACAGAUCGAAACAAUGAUUGGGAGAAUAAAGUGCGCAUGUUUGGUGCUAUAUAUGGCAGAUUUGAUUCUAAGCGUAAAGAAAAACCCAUGUCUCUUCAUGAAUUAUACGUAAACGAAGCCGCCAUGGAGAUCUGCAUUAAAAGACCCGAACUUUUGACUCGUCGCGAUGAACUUUUUCCCCUGGCCAGGCAAGUGGUUAGGGAAAGCGGUUACCAGUACUCUAAGACUAGCAAGAGAGCUCGGGUUGGGUAUGCUAGCUCAAAUAAUGGCAAUAAUCACAAUAAUAAUAAAACAUGUGAUACAACAGUGAAUUCGAGUUCCUUCAUUUCUGCGAAUAACAUGAGCCAAAUCGAUUCAUAUGGAGGAGACGUUAACAACGAUUCCAAUGCAUUACCUAACACUUCUCAUUUAGGUUUUGACUCAUCUGCCAUUAAAUCCGAAUUUAAUCCUAACGAUUUUGUACAACAACUAUACCCACAAACAUCUCAGAACCCAUUAUCGCUACCACCCAACGACGCUUUGAAUAAUAAAGUUAGGGAAAACAGCGAAAGUACUCCUAAUGUUCCUCCCACAGAUUCAUCACGAUGA